AUGGCGGCACGAGCACAUGGUCCAAACAUAUUGAUAACAGGUACUCCAGGUACAGGAAAAUCAACACUUGCUGCUGAAUUAUGUCAGAGGGCAGCACUGAACUAUGUAAAUGUUGGAGAUGUAGCCAAACAAGGGGACCUGUACGAGGGAUGGGACCACAUAUACAAUUGUCAAAUGAUUGAUGAGGACAGAGUGAUUGAUGAAUUAGAGGAGAAAAUGGGGCAAGGGGGGAACAUUGUUGACUAUCACAGCUGCGAGUUCUUCCCUGAAAGAUGGUUUGACAUAGUCUUUGUACUAAGGACAGACAACUCCAUCCUCUAUGACCGAUUGGAAAGCAGGGGCUAUACUGGAAAGAAACUGGAAGACAAUGUGCAGUGUGAAAUAUUCCAAACAAUUUUAGAGGAAGCUCGAGACUCCUACAAAGAAGAAAUUGUACAUGAACUCUUUAGCAACACACCAGAAGAGCUGGAAGAUAAUUUAGAAAAAGUGUUAUCAUGGAUUGAGCAUUGGAAUGCCACUCACUAGUUAUUAUAAUACUGCUAGUGAUAAUAUUGUUGUGUAAAUUGUUUUAAUUGGCCAUACAAAUUUGUGUUUCCAUUCUUUCCUUAUUUACUGGAGAACUUCAUUAACACGGAUUUAUCAAAUUGCUUCACUGAUUCUAAUGAGUUAAAGGCACUUGAUUGAUCAUCAAAGUGAGUCAAAGUCAGUCAUGUGUUCAGCUUAGUGUUUGUUCAAGCAAGAACUAAUUCUGAUAUGCUAAAAGCAGGUAUUCUAGAUAUUUAGUUAAUCCCUAUGCAAUUUGUAUUAGUUUUAGUUGUUUACCGUGAGCCUUGCAAUAGCAAUCAAGUUGACAAUACUAUAAGGCUUGAUGGUUGGGUCAUCCUGAGUCAACGAUGUUAAUAAUGCUUUAAGUCACUUGGCACUUUAGAGAGUUGUGUUGCGAUGCAUACUUCAUCGUUUGUAUAUUACCAAUAGACGUUUUUGUCUUCUGCUGGUUUAAAUCUUUGAACCAAUUUUGAUGAAAUUUUGCUGAAAACUUCCUAUGGUCAAAGGUGAACCAAUAUUAAUGGCGGGGCCCAAUAGGUCAGAUUGACUUAAUGCCAAAUAUCAAAAAUCUUCUCAGGACUCAACUGCAGUAGGAUUAUGGGUGUUGUAUUCAAAUUAUGAUUUUGGUGACCCCAUUGUCUCACUUUAUUAACCCCUAGGGAAGGGGUGAUUUACCUUAUAUACAGGAAACUUAAACAUUUGAGUGUAAAUUGUUUGAUUUCAGAUAGAAAUAAUUCAAACUUAGUUGGAAUUUUUUACACAUGGGAUGGUAGUUCAUGUUACGCAUAUUUUAUAUUUACAUUACCUGUAUCUUGUAAUUCAAGUUAUACUUUGUUAACGAUACCUGUAUCUUGUAAUUCAAGUUAUACUUUGUUAACGAUACCUGUAUCUUGUAAUUCAAGUUAUACUUUGUUAACGAUACCUGUAUCUUGUAAUUCAAGUUAUACUCUGUUAACGAUACAAUUUCUGUGACAAGUUACUACAA